AUGCGGCGCGCGGAGCCGUACUUUAGGGGGCUCAUAAACGAGGACUUCGUGGUGCGGCGCGCGAACUACGAGGAUACUAAGGGGCGGUGCCCGCCGUACAUGAUCUACGUGGACCACGCGGCGCGUGACAUCUGCCUGGCGGUGCGCGGAUUGAAGAGCUCGCAGAUCGCGGACUACGAGAUUCUGCUCGACCAGAAGAAGGGCUCGGAGCGGUUGGACGGCGGGUUCGUGCACACGGGCAUGCUCAAGGCAGCCGCAUGGCUGCUGGACCAGGAGAUGCCCGUGCUGACAAUGCUCGCGCGCACCCACCCCGCCUACUCGCUCACGCUCACGGGCCACUCACUGGGCAGCGGGGUGGUGGCGAUGGCGACGGUCAUUCUGCACGCGAGCAGGGAGCGCGUGGGGUUCAGUGUGCGGCGCCUGCGCUGCUUCUGCAUGGCGCCCGCUCGCUCCAUGUCGCUCAACCUCGCCAUUAAAUACGCUGACGUCAUCAACUCCGUCGUGCUGCAGUCUACGAUCACAUCAUCGGCCACAUUGAGGCCAAAUGCGCCCUCGCCCUCGCUGUCAGUCCCACCCUUCCUCACAUCGCCCGCUGCUCUGCCCUCAUCUGAUGUCUCUGUGACCUCUGGUUUCACUGCCAGCUGUCCCCAUUCGCGGUUCUGCGCUCUCCUCUCGCCGUACACUCCCCGCCCUCUUUCCCCAACCCCCAUGCCCCUGUGUGAACCGCCUCAGGCAAUGGAAGCGGAGCAGCAGGAGCAGCAGACACCACCGGAGCAGCAGCGCAUGCAGCGCAGUGCCACGCUCAAGGAGCGGCGCGGGGAGCACCUGGAGGCGCUUGCACGGGCCGUGUCCCUUCACGUGGCCCACGCUGCUGACCCCUCCAGCCUGCCGCACUUGCAUGAUGAUGAACCAGAAGCGACGGAGGAGGAGCUGGUGGGGAAGGACGGGGAGGUAAGAGAGAGACAGGCGGAUGGAGGGGAGAAGGACGGAGUGGGGACGGAGGAUGGGGAGAAGGGGGGGUUUGGGGGGAGUGGAGCAGAGGAGGCGAUGGAGAGAGUGAAGGCGGAGGUAGAGAGGGUGAGAGCGGAGGUGGAGAAGGCAGCAGGGGUGGUGGCUGGCAAGUGGACUGAUAUCGUGGAUGGGUUGGUGGCUAAGGCAGCCGAAGAGGUGACCAAGAUGGCUCCUGGGCUGGCAGAGGACAAUGCCCAAGAAUGGCAAUAA